UGGAAGGAGACGGCGGCGACGGUAGCAGCGGAUGGUGAAAGCCCUAUGAAGCAGAGGGGUAACCGGCACCACAGACAGGGAGGCGGAAGGCUAGCGAGCAGAGCACUGGGGACGCUGCCGCCAUCCUAUUUGCCUGCCUCGCCGCACUCCUAGACACACUUCUCGCCUGCAGAUCCUACCUUGCCAGCUCUUGCAAGCACUCGCUUGGCUGGUCGCCAGCUAACUAUCCUUCCACAGAGGCUCAUAGCGGAGGCAGAGGCGAAGUGUCCGAUUUGAACACGUGAGGCCCGCGAUCCCCAGCGGUGGACGCCAGGCAGGGCAAAGCCAUUGCUGGGCGCCAGAAUGGAGAGGGGGGAUGGGAAGGAAUCCAGCAAAAGACAUGGGGGGAGGUGGACGCGAGGCAACGGUGGGGUGGGGGAAUGCGGUGGGCAGCAGGAGAGAGGGGUGGCAUUAGGAGCCAGACAAGGAUCUGAAGCAGGCAUGAAGACCCCCAAUGCACAGGAGGCAGAAGGGCAACAAACCAGGGCAGCUGCGGGACGGGGCACUGGGUCUGCAAACAUGACAAAGAAAAAAGCCUCCCAAAAGAAGCAGAGGGGCAGACCUUCCUCCCAGCCCCGUAGGAACAUCGUGGGCUGCAGAAUUUCUCACGGAUGGAAGGAAGGAGAUGAGCCCAUCACCCAGUGGAAAGGAACCGUUCUGGAUCAGGUGCCUAUAAACCCCUCUCUUUAUCUGGUGAAAUACGAUGGAAUUGACUGUGUCUAUGGACUGGAACUUCACAAAGAUGAGAGGGUCUUGUCUCUUAAAAUUCUUUCCGACAGGGUGGCAUCAUCUCAAGUUAGUGAUGCCAACCUUGCAAAUACCAUAAUUGGCAAAGCAGUGGAACACAUGUUUGAGGGUGAGCAUGGUUCUAAGGAUGAAUGGAGGGGGAUGGUCUUAGCCCAAGCACCUAUCAUGAAAGCCUGGUUUUAUAUCACCUACGAGAAAGAUCCUGUCUUGUACAUGUACCAGCUUCUAGAUGAUUAUAAAGAAGGUGACCUCCGCAUCAUGCCAGAGUCCAGUGAGUCUCCUCCAGCAGAGAGAGCAGGAGGAGUUGUAGAUGGCCUGAUAGGUAAGCAUGUAGAAUAUACCAAAGAAGAUGGCUCCAAAAGGAUUGGCAUGGUCAUUCACCAAGUGGAAGCUAAGCCCUCUGUGUAUUUCAUCAAGUUUGAUGAUGAUUUCCAUAUCUAUGUCUAUGAUUUGGUGAAAAAGUCCUAACUGUUAAGGUAAAAUUUGCCACUUUUGUGGGAAACCAAAUGUAUAAUUUGUAGACACUUUGAAAAUGUUUCUUUUCAGUGUAUUGAAAGCUUAAGGGUCCCUGAUAACCCCACAUCUUUGCCAGCAUAACUGUUGUUUUGUUCUAAAAAUACAAAUUUAUGUGGACAUGACAUGCUGUGUGUAAACACUUUGUCUUGUUGAAAAGAUUGGGUGUGUUUGGUGGAAGGGGCAUGAAAGAAGGAACCGUUGUCAAUUCCAGCUGUGAAUAAAGUUCAGCUAGACUCAUAA